CCAUGGGGGACUGGAACUUGCUGGGCAGCAUCCUUGAAGAAGUGCACAUCCACUCCACCAUAGUUGGCAAAAUCUGGCUGACAAUCCUGUUCAUAUUCCGGAUGCUGGUGCUGGGAGUGGCUGCUGAGGAUGUCUGGGAUGACGAGCAGUCCGAGUUCAUCUGCAACACAGAGCAACCUGGCUGCAACAAUAUCUGUUACGACAAAGCCUUCCCCAUCUCUUUGAUCAGAUACUGGGUCCUACAGAUCAUAUUUGUCUCCUCCCCGUCCUUGGUGUACAUGGGCCACGCACUCUACAGGUUAAGGGCGCUGGAGAAGGAGCGACAGCACAGGAAAGCCCACCUGCGGGCUCAGCUCGAGGACCUGGAGCCCAUGCUCGAGGAGCACAGGAGAGUGGAGAGAGAACUGCGUAAGCUGGAGGAACAGAAGAAAGUGAAUAAGGCACCCCUGAGAGGGUCCCUGCUGCGCACCUAUGUCUUACAUAUCCUGACCCGGUCGGUGGUCGAAGUGGGCUUUAUGAUAGGUCAGUAUCUUUUAUACGGGUUUCACAUGUCUCCCCUUUACAAAUGCACUCGGCCCCCUUGCCCUAACACGGUGGAUUGUUUUGUGUCCCGACCCACAGAGAAGACCAUCUUUAUGGUUUUCAUGAACAGCAUCGCCGCAGUCUCCCUCUUCCUCAACAUCCUCGAAAUCGCCCACCUGGGCAUCAAGAAGAUCCAGAAGAGCCUGUGCGGGCAGCCGCCGUGGCCGGCGGGCCCCUCCGAGGAGGACCCCAGCCUGUACAACUCCAAGAAGAGCUCGGUGGUGCCUCCGCCGCCCUGCCUGGCCAGCAACGCGUCCCCGCCGCGCCCCGCGCCCGCUCCGCUCCCGCGGGCGGCCGCCGCCCGCCGGGCGCCCCGCAGGCACAGCCGGGUGAGCGCCUGCCGGGAUCUGGAUGAGGAGCGCGGCGACUCCCCGGACAGCGGGCACUGCCCGGGCACCCGCAAGUCCAGCUUCCUCUCCCGCGUCCUCACCGGGAGCCGGGCGGGCAGCGACAGCGAGAGCACCGCCUCCCGCGGCGGCUCCGGCCUCGGCCCCGGCUCCGGGCCCGGCUCCGGCUCGGAGGGGAAGCGCGGCUCGGAGGGCGCGCCCAGCCCGCCGCCCGCAGCCUCGGGACGCCGCGUGUCCAUGGCAAGUAGCGCCCGGGACAGCCCGCGGGAGGGGGGCGGCGGGCGGCCUCGGCACCCUGUGCCGGCCCUGGGGAGGAGGGGGCGAGCCAGGGGGCAGGACGGCUCGGGCAGGACUGCCAACACAGCCCCAGCGCCUCCCGGCCUCCCGGACAAAGCCAGGCUCCCAAACGCUCGGCGUCCUUCUGCGGUGAAAGCGGGAACACCAGGGAAUCACUGAGUCCCGAGGAGCUCUUAGUCACCGAAUCCCAGCUUCUUUAUACUCAUACCAUCAUCCCAAUCAACUUGAUGAGGAUUGUCCCAGGGAAAACAACUUCAGCUCCAGCCACUGUAAGAAAGAGAAGCUUUGAAUGCAUUAAAUUCAAUGACGCAACUUCUCUCGGUUUCAGGUUUGUCCCACAGGUCACUUCCAAGUUGAAUAAUUGUUCAAUGAACAAAUCAAAAGAUCUACAUGUAAAAACCCCCACCAAAUAAUUGCAAUGCCAGAGCCGACUACAGAUGUGCAUUUUCAGCAGCUCCUCCUUUUCUUUGGCCACAUGCUCUAGGCUUGCUUACAGUCAUAAUGUUGGUAAGAUAUAGUGCUCGUACUCAAGAAUCAACAAGGCUUUCUUAAAAGUGAUUUGAAUUCUGGUGACCUCAGAUCAUGGGUUUUGUUCUUGG